UCGAAAUGUCUCGACGGACGAAUGUUGGGGUUAUAAAAACUUUAUGGAAUUACUUUACUAAAUUUCGACCAGCAAUUCAAAAAGCUGAAGAACGUUGUGUUGGAAUUGAUAAACAUGGCAAUAAAUACAUGAUCAGACUCGCAAAUCCAGAAGCAAUGAUCAAAGAGCAGAGGUUCAUUGUACCUGUGAUGAACCAGGAUGAAGACUAUGCUGAGAUCAAUGAAGCAGUCAGCAUCGCAACUGCAAAUAUUCCACCAGAAUGGAAUGCAUGGUUGAGACAGACAAGGAAAGAACCCCCAAAUGAUAAGGAGAUAGAACUAAAUAGACUGAAACAGAUGAAGGUUCUAGACCGAGCCAGAGAACUUGAGGCAAAACAUCGUCUGAGCCUGGAACAGACAGAGCCGGAAAUGCUGGAAGGAAGUUCACAGCCGUUCGGAACCAAUGCAAGUCCUGGGGAGACUUUGCAAGGCGACCCAACAAAACAGAGAUAUCCAGUGAGAGAAGGCUUAGAGGUCAUGCCUGGUAUGACCCAAGACGAUUCAGACUUGGACAAUGAAAAAGAGACAAAACAUAAGUUUAAAGACUAAUCUGUGUUGAUGAAUAUUUAGUGUAUUUAUUUUUGUUUAUGUUUUUUCAUUUUAUUAAAUAAAGAAAAACAGCAUUUUAUAAUCACACCCUCAUGUGAUAGUGUAGAUGGUAUUGAGGAAAGUUAGAAAUAUUGAUUUUCAUUGUUUACAUAUUUUGUUUAUAAUAAAGUCUUUUUAAAAAAAAAAGAUUACCACACUGUUGGGUGUUUAUAGAUAUUCCAUACCAAAACAAUGACCGUCAGCCAACCCACCUGUUUCUUUCUGACCGUUCUUUAAAACCGUGUCUCAGUCAUAAAUAAAUAGCAUUCAAUUAAAAUGUCUAAGAUACAUAAGGGGGUUGUCAUGGUGGGUUUUUUUCACUUGUAGGUCAAGGUCACACUAAGGUCAAGGUCACACUUUAUCUUAAGCAUUAUGUCAUGGCUGAAAUGAGCAAAUUUUUGAUAUUUUUUAUUUCCUAAUUAAUUUUACUAACGCAAAUACAUAUUGGCCUAAAUAGCCCCCUUUAUGGUGUUUUUAUGAUCUAACUUUGCCAGAACCCUCUUAAAAACUGAUUUACAAAAUAGUGUUUACUUUUGGACAUGUUGUUAAAAUACAACAUGUACAUUUUAUUAUUGAUUAUUUAACAAUCUAUUUCCAGACUGCUUUUAUAAACAUGUUUGUUGAAUAAUUUAUAACAGUUUGUAAUAAUCUUGUAGGUUCAUAUUUGGCUUCAUUUUAUCUUAACUACCUUUGUUCUAUUAUUAAAUCCUUCAUGCUUUAUCUUUCUGUAAUCCCUUCAAAAUUCAAAGAAUGAUUGUUUAUCAAUUGACACAUAUUGCCUUUAUACAUACCUUAAGGGAACGUCUUAAAAUAUUUUGUUACAAUAAUAUUCUCUUUGGUAUUUCAUGUUUGUUCUAAAGCUUUCUUGUUAAAUUUGAUACUUGCUUUUAUCAGUCUAGAGUUGACAGCCGUAUGGUUAGGACCUCCUAAGAGAACCAUUUUUAGCUCUACUGGCCAAAGGUCAGAAGAGCUUAUGCGAUGGUAAUGUGUACGUAGUAUGUGCAUCCGUGCGGUCGUGCGUCUGUAAACAAUUGGUUGUGAACACGAUAUAGUCUUCAGUUUUGAUUGUAUCUCGAUGAAACUUGUACAGUAUCUAGAUAUCCAUUAGAGCUCGGUUCCUUUCGAAAACCAGCCAGAUCCGCCCAUAAAUGCUUAUAAUUUUUAGCCAGGUCUGCAUGAGCGAAUUCUAUUUUUAGCCAAGUUUACAUGUACAUGUAAAUUCAAGUCUAGAGUUAAGGGAGACAAUUUGCAAGUCUAGGAUUUUGACAUUCGGAACUCCUCGGCCAUUUUUAUAAAAACAACCUCGGAUGUAUAUGGACGGUUUACAUACUUAAAAAGUGGUACGUUUAAGUCCGCUGCAAAUAGAUCGCAUAGUAAUCUUAUUUAGUAGUUAAAAUUUAUGACUUCACUCAUGGGAAUCGUAAAUAUGUUUGCAAUAAUACACUUCACUGGCAAUCAAUUUAAACCGAGAGCAAUGAAUACAACUCUUAAACACUACAUUUAAUUAAUGCUUUUAUUAAAAAAAAUACGGACUACUUCAACAGAUGUACCGGCAUACAUCCGAGGUUGUUUUUUAAAAAAUGGCCGAGGAGCUCCGAAUGGGAUUUUGAGAGACAAUUUGCUUUUUGCUUCUGCAGUUGAUUUUGUGAAUUACUCUGCCUUGUUCUUGUUGAAAGCCCAAAGGCCAUUUUUUAGCUUUAAGUUCUGUAGUUUGCGCAUUCAUCUUAACAAAAUUGGUUGUGAAUGUUUAAGUUAUGCACCUGGUGUCAUUACUGGCCACACCCAGGGUUCACAGGUUUGGUAAACAUAAAUCUGGAAAGGUUUGAAAAUCUUUUUGUGUGUUCGUGCAUCCAUCUCAGCACAAUUGAUUGUGAAUGUUUGUUCAAAUUGAUCAAUGUUGUCCUAGGAUGCCCUUGACUUUGACCUUUUGACCAACUUUUUUUAACUUUUAAAACUACAGAAAUUUUUACUGAGUACAGUUUUGAAAGCAUUUUUUUUUUGUCAGAUGACUUACUUGGCACAUAUUAAAAAAGUUCAUGCAACUAAUCUGCUUACAAUACUUUCUGGGCUCAGAUGUUGAAUGUGCUAUGUUUUAAGGUAACCCAAACACAAAACAUAAACUAUAUGUCUGUUGCCUUUUACCCAUACAUACAUGCUGUAGAUUGAUAUGACCACAAAAGCCAUGCCAGUAGAGCAUAGGCCCUUUUGGGCCUCUUGUUAAGUAAUAUCUGUGGACUAUCCAUUGUAUGUUGUAGUUAAUGUUGGUUAUCCAGCUUGUGAAUAAAACUCGAGAA